CACGUACGUACAGGAUCAGGAUGAGUUCAAGUCACAAGUGAUUAGCUAGCUUCCUGCCUCGAAUGUCAGCAGCCAUGGAAUCCAUGGCCACCGGCCAUGAAACCAUCGCAUCCAUCAUGAUGAACGACGAGGAGGAGGAGCUGCCCAGCUGCGACGGCAGCCACCACCGCCAGUCGAUGGACGUCGUCAGCGACGACGACGAGCUGUUCGAGCUCGACAUCACCUUCCUCCGCAGCUUCGACGACGACAACGAUCAGGAACACGACAGACAUGGUGAUGGCGGUGGAGUUCACCAUGCGCUGCUGGCCAACUGCCUGCUGCCGGUGAGCUCGGUGAGCAUGGCGGUGCCGGUCAUGGCGAGCAGCACGGUCUCGUGGUACUACCCCUUCUACGGUUACGGCGGCCCGAGGAGGUUCAGCAGCGGCGGCGGCAAAGGCAGGGGGAGGUUUCGCCUCUCCAGCAGGCGAUUCACUACCAUGUGGAAUUUUCAGAGGUAGCGGAUGUAAAAUAGGAGAGGAUCAGAUGAUCUUUGUCAAACCAAUACGAGACCCAAACACUUUUUUUUGCUGAAUCCUGAUUCCUGAAACCUUAUGUUGCUUCAAGUAACCUGAAACUGCAGAACAGCUGUAGUACACAGACGAGCGACUUUCUGAAAUGAGAGAUUGUUCCACUUUUCGGUACUGGGUACAUAA